GCUGCCUGGUGCGCUGGCGGGGAGAGGUCAGGUGUCCGCGCCCGCCCGCUGGACCUCCCGCCCCGCGCUCUGGCGGCUCCUCCCGGGCGAUGCCUCCGCUCUGGGCCCUGCUGGCCCUCGGCUGCCUGCGGUUCGGCUCGGCUGUGAACCUGCAGCCCCAACUGGCCAGUGUGACCUUCGCCACCAACAACCCCACACUUACCACUGUGGCCUUGGAAAAGCCUCUCUGUAUGUUUGACAGCUCAGAGGCCCUCACUGGCACCCACCAGGUCUACCUGUACGUCCUGGUUGACUCAGCCAGCUCCAGGAAUGCCUCAGUGCAAGACAGCGCCAAGACCCCACUGGGCUCAACGUUCCUACAAACAGAGGGUGGGAGGACAGGUCCCUACAAAGCCGUGGCCUUUGACCUGAUCCCCUGCAGUGACCUGCCCAGCCUGGAUGCCGUUGGGGAUGUGUCCCAGGCCUCACAGAUCCUGAAUGCAUACCUGGUCAAGGUGGGCGCCAACAGGACCUGCCUGUGGGACCCCAACUUCCAGGGCCUCUGUAACCCACCCCUGUCGGCAGCCACGGAGUACAGUCACCCCAUACUCAGUGAUCGACACGUGGCCAGGCCGGCGGAGCGGAGGCAUGAUCGUCAUCACUUCCAUCCUGGGCUCCCUGCCCUUCUUUCUACUUGUGGGUUUUGCUGGUGCCAUUGUCCUCAGCCUCGUGUAAGUACCCAGCUGGGAAGGCUGGACCCCAGGGACACGCCAGACUUAUUCGGCUUGCAGGGACUCAGCAGCAGGGUCCUCCAAGGCAGGGGACAGCCUGAAAGGCAAGGAAGCUACCUUCUGCCCUGUGGGUGGGGUCUGGUGAAGAGGGAGCAGAGUCCUGGGAUUUCAAAGCGGGAGGACCAUCGAAGUCAAGUUGCUCAGCUGUGAAGGGUGGGGCUCAGCACCUGGGCUUUUGGGCAGACGGCCAAUUCAGAUCUUAGCUCUGACACUUAGAGGUAUGCAACCUUAGAUAUGGCUUAUUGUCCUUCUAUUCUUCAGUUUCCCCAUCUGGAAAAUGGAAAUAAUAAAUAUUAGUCAUCUCACGGAGUUGUGAAGGUUGAGUGGAAUAAUCUCUAUAACGUUUCUAGAGCAGUGCCUGGGAACUCAACAAGUAUUUGCUUUCAUUGUCAUUAUAAUACACCCACUUGUAGUACAGAGGGGGAAACUGAGGCCCAGAGGGGGUCAGAGUGGCCCAAGGCAACACAGCCUGCAGAC